AUGAACCCUCUAAUUUGGCACAAAGUCGCUGCAAUUUCAGGUGUAGCAGCACUUGGAUUGGGCACUUAUGGCGCACACGCUUUCAAGCCCCAAAACCCAUCUUACAAAGAUGUUUGGCAUACAGCAGCGCUUUACCAUUUGGUUCAUACUGCCGCACUAGUUUCAGCUCCAAUCACCAAAAAUCCCAAUCUUUUUGGAGGGCUUCUAACAGCUGGAAUCUUGGCUUUCUCUGGGACGUGUUAUACGGUUGCAUUUCUUGAAGACAGAAAAUACUCAACCUUGGCUCCAUUUGGCGGCUUUGCAUUUAUAGCAGCCUGGGGUACCUUGUUUUUCUGA